AUGAGUAGCGAAGUGCUGAACGAGACACUGGGGUACUUCAUAACAGAAGUGAGGACAAUAUCUGGAAAAGAAUAUAAGCCCAUCACAUUAUAUGAGAUUAUAAUUGCGAUACAACACCAUCUUCGACAGCAAGGUAGACUUAUCAACUUUCUAGAUGAUGCCGCUUUUGAUGGACUAAGGCGUAUUCUUGAUGCAAAAAUGAAGCAGCUAUCCAAACAAGGACUUGGUAUGCAACGAAGAAGCACUGCUAUUAUAAGUGAAGAACAGGAGAAUGAACUGUUGAACAAACGCAUUCUGGAAACAGAAACGCCACAAAUGCUUCUAGAUACAUCACUUUACACGCUGGGCUUGCAUUUUACUUUAAGAGCAGGCCAAGAACAUCGUGCACUUAGAGUUGGUGAAAAUGGACAAAUCACAGUCAAACGGGCCUUACAAAAUCGCCGAUAUUUAGAAUAUCACGAAUAUAUAUCAAAAACAAACAGAGGGGGAAUUCAGCAUCUCCAAGAAAUUGUAAAACAGAUGCCUUAUACCUGCGACCUCUUAAAGCGCCCACGGCACUAUGCUGGUACUGCGAUUCACCCGUUGGCGUUCACGUGCUACAACAGACAGUUGGUAACCUGUGCAAACGAGCUUCCUUCAAUGGACAUUACACCAACACGACUUUAUGAAGCUGGUAUUGACGAGCAGCUUAUUAUUGAAAAAAAAGGUCAUCGUUCAAAUGCUGUUCGCAGUUCUAAACGUACAAGUGAGGAUCAGUUGAUGCAAGUCAGCGGUAUCUU